ACGUGCGCUCGGUGGCUCAUAGGGGAAGAUGGCGGCUGCUCUUUUGGAGGAGUGGGAUUGAGAAGGGAGGAGGGGGGGGCCCGACGGGAGAGACAUUCCUGACUGUGAAGACGAACAUAUCGCUCGCCAGUCAUUAGGACCUCUGAUCAGCGCCUGAGGGUGUCGUAGAACGAAAACAUCGCCAUGGCUACAGAAAUUGGUUCUCCUCCUCGGUUUUUCCAUAUGCCAAGGUUCCAACACCAGGCACCUCGACAACUGUUUUAUAAGCGGCCAGAUUUUGCACAGCAGCAAGCAAUGCAGCAGCUUACCUUUGAUGGAAAGCGAAUGAGAAAAGCAGUGAAUCGGAAAACCAUAGACUAUAAUCCAUCUGUGAUUAAGUAUUUGGAGAAUAGAAUAUGGCAGAGAGACCAGAGAGAUAUGCGAGCAAUUCAGCCUGAUGCAGGUUAUUAUAAUGAUCUGGUUCCACCUAUUGGGAUGUUGAAUAAUCCUAUGAAUGCAGUAACAACAAAGUUUGUACGAACAUCAACAAAUAAAGUAAAGUGUCCAGUAUUUGUUGUCAGAUGGACUCCAGAAGGAAGAAGGUUGGUCACUGGAGCUUCUAGUGGAGAGUUCACCUUGUGGAAUGGACUCACUUUCAAUUUUGAAACAAUAUUACAGGCUCAUGAUAGCCCAGUGAGAGCCAUGACUUGGUCACAUAAUGACAUGUGGAUGUUGACAGCAGACCACGGAGGAUAUGUGAAAUAUUGGCAGUCGAACAUGAACAACGUCAAGAUGUUCCAGGCACAUAAGGAGGCGAUUAGAGAGGCCAGUUUCUCACCCACGGAUAAUAAAUUUGCUACAUGCUCUGAUGACGGCACUGUUAGAAUCUGGGACUUUCUUCGUUGCCAUGAGGAAAGAAUUCUCCGAGGUGGAUUCUUUACCAGGUAAUUCCCAAGCCACAAGGGAAGCCCAAGAAUCCUGGAGCGGGUAGCCUAUCCCUUGUCCAGCAGAUCGUCCUGACCCAGGAAGCAAACCAGGGUCUCCUGCAUGGCAGGCGGAUUCUCUACCAGCUGAGCCACCGGGGAAGCACAGAGAGUGCUAAGGAGACCCAAGCGACUCCACAGCUGGAGCUCAGUGUUUUAUCUGCAGCAGGACCUCCUUACGUGAAACACAAGUGAUUUGUCUUACCAGGAGUCUCCAAAGGUGAGAGUGGGUGGUCUCAGUCCUAUAAACCCUACUGAUUGCUUUCUAAAAAUAAAUAGUUUUAACUCUUACUCUUCUGAAAUGAAAUUUAUUGAUAAUAACCCAUACAUAUAAAACUUUUUAAAAAAAGGCACCAGUGCAAAUCCAAACAGACUCUGAGAAGAAAAGUCUUUACAGAAUGCUCGUUAAGGGACAUUACUGUUUCCAUUGAAAACCAGUGGUUUAGAAUAGAAAUAGGUCAUGCUAAAACAACCCUAGUGUUAGAGAAUUACCAGAGGGGGAGAUAAAGGAAUUGUUUCAAACCGUAGUCAGUCUUUUGAAUUAAUCUGUAGGUCAUGGUAGAUCGUGGCGUUAUAGCUGCAUGACUGACUGGUAUCUCCAAAAAAGUUCAUUGGAUGUUUGUUAUCUGUGAGGCAUGUUUGCAGAAAUUGCUAUAAGAUCCUUUACUUGGCCUCUCUCCUUUUUAAUAUGUUUUAUUAAAGAUGACUUUUGCAAGUUAACAGGUGAUUCACAACUAUAAGCAGAAAUUCUCCUCUGGAGAGAAUCUCUUGAAUCUUACCAUAUUCAGAAGAUAGUGUCAUGUUAAAUUUAGUGAAUAGAAAAUUAUUGUAUAAGAUCUUAAAUAGAGAUAAAUGUAAAGUUCUGUAUUUAGGUUUUCUGUCUCAAUUCUGGAGUUUACUAGAUUGGUAUAUGAGAGUUCAUAUAAAAAUAACCAUGGGUUUUAGCUGAUAAGUGUGAAUUCUUGAGGUGUCAUGCCAUCCCUCACUUGUAAAAAAUGGAUGUUUCAGAAUGAUACGUGUGUGUGUGUGUGUGUGUGUGUGUGUGUGUGUGUGUGUGUGUCUGUGUGUUUAGUCUCUUAAGUCGUGUGCAACUUUUUUGUGACCCCAUGGACUGGAGCCCACUAGGCUUCUCUGUCCAAGGGAUUUCCCAGGUGAUGGGGCAUAGCUAUCAUGGGAGAUGAUUAGAAUGGAGAAGGAUCUGGAAAUCAUGAGGAAAGGUACAGGGAAGUUUAGUAUUCAACUUGGAUAAGAGAAUCUGAAGAAAAAGUUUUGUCAUCUUCAAAUAUUUAAAGGCUUGUAUGGGAGUAGGAUUGGAUUUAUUGUAUAUAGCUCUAGAAUAACAGGGAUAGGGAGAAAAUUAGGACAUCAUCAUGUGUGCUAAGUCACUUCAGAAGUGUCCAGCUCUGCAGCCCUAAGGACCCUUUGCCACCUGCUAGGCCCCUGUGUCCAUAGGACUCUCCGGGCAAGUGUACUGGAGUGGGUUGCCAUGCCCUCCUCCAGGGAAUCCUCCCACCCCCCAGGGACUGAACUUGGCUCUCUUACGGCUCCUGCAUUGGCAGGCUGUUUCUUUACCGGUAGUGUCAGCUGGGAAGCCCUAGGACUUUAUAUUUGGAGUUAAUUAUGGAAUUUUUUUUUUUUUUAGAAAGAUAAGAUAAUGGGUUAUUAUGUAACCUAUUAGGCUUUCCUUUGCUGAGAUUUUGCCAUGGUUAGCUUCGCCAGCUGUUAGGGAGAUUUUAGAAGGCACUGCUUUUUCAGGUGGAUGGUUCUAUUUGAAAAUAUUUAACCUGGAUUAGAUUGUCUGUUCCUGUAGUUUCUUGUUUUAAGGCAGACCCAAAAGCCUGAAAGUCAAGCGUGUGGAUACAUUCAUUAUCAAGGGUUAAAAUGGGUAGGGUAUGUAUUUAUACUUUCAAAUCAUUAUACAUACGUGUAUACAGUAAAGUAUACAAAUCUUAAGUUUACAGUGUGAGUUAGUUUUACAUACUUAAACAUUCAUCUCUAAUCACCUCUUAGAUCAGGAUACAGAGUAUUUUCAGCAUUCUAAUGAUUCCUUCAUUCUACUUUUCCCCCUAAGCCUUUUAUUAAGUAGUUUAGACUGUCAAAGAUAUUUUCAUUAAAUUAUUUUUCCUUUUUCCCCACUAUUUAUUUUGUCAAUUUGUGGUUUCUGUUAUCUCACCUUCUCUUGUACAGCUUUCUUAAUUUCCUUUCCUUGAUUUGUUUCUGUAGCCUUUUGAAAAUGUCUUUUUAAUUUUUCUGAUUUUACUAGUUUUUCAUUUUUACUAAUUUUUUAUUUACUAGUUUCCUAUUACAUAACAAAACUUAGUUUAUAAAGAGAUAGUAUUGUGUAGUACCACAAUCACAGGCUCUGGAAUCUGAAUGUUGGUCACAGUUUUAGCUGUUAGCAGCUGUGUGAGUCACAUUGCUUUGGUAUGUCCUCGUGUGUAUAAUGGGGAUUAAUAAUAGUGCUGACCUUACUAAGCUGUGAGAAGUAAAUGGGUUAAUUCAGAGGAAGCACUUAACUAGUGCCAUAACAAGUGUUCAGUGAAUGCUGUCAAGCUUCAAAGCUAAUUUCAGAACCUGUUUCCCUAGCUCUGCCUAGUUAAGGACAAAAAUGGCUGUUUCAGAAGUGUAUUUUACUUUUCUUGUUAAAUGUUUUUCAACCAUUGUCAUUGGUGUUUCAGUAGUACAGGUUUUAUUUACAGGUCAUUCGUAAAUAGGAGUACUUGUUUAAACACAGUUGUCGUGAUUUUCUAAUGUUUUCAGGUAUAAAAAACUCAGCACUUAGAAUUGGGUUUUUUAGGAUCUCCUAUGGAAACAUUUAAGGGAGUCCCAGGGGGCUCAAUGGUAAAGAAUCUGCCUGCCAGUGAAGGAGACACAGAAGACUCAGGUUCAACCCCUGGGUCAAGGAAGAUCCCCUGGAGGAGGAAAUAGCAACCCACUUCAGUAUUAUUUCCAGAAGAAUCCCAUGGACAGAGGAGCCUGGUGAGGUACAGUCUGUGGCAUUGCAAAGAGUCAGAUGCGACUGAGCACGAACACAUGGAAACACUUCAAGCUUCUGUUUUGUUAGAUGAAUUGAGUAUCUAAUGACUACUCACUGUUCAAGAUGCGUGCUGGAUUCUUCUGCUGAUACACGGCAUGAUCUUGACAUUUAAGCCGCAUUUUCAACAUUUCCCUAGUUCUUUUAUUUCUUCAGAUAUUUUGUAAAUUGGCCUAGUCCCAUGGUGAACCAGUUCAGAGUGCUGAAUAACUGAAAAAUAACUGAAGUUAUUCAGUCUUCACAGUUUAUCACAUUGCAGUAGACUGUGGUAAUUGGUGUCUAAAGACAGCUUCAUCAAGACAGCAUUUAUUUUUCUCUGGGGAAAGGACAGGUUUUUUAUGUAUUUACCAGAUUGAUCAUGAUUUUAAACUUCAGACUCCACUUAGCAAUGUAAUAAAGUUGGGCAAGCUAGUGAUAGCCCUAGUAAAAUGUUAUUUUUUGGUCAUCUUUAAUGAGUAAUGUGACCAGCAGUAAGUUAGAAGUCUUGGGGAAAGAAUAUUCCACAUAUUUUUUUGUCACAGUAGACAAAACUUAAAUACAGAAACCUCGUGUCAUCUGCUUGGGCUUCCUGAUCAUGCUCUGUCCCUGUCCUGUCCAGCUUGGCAGGUGACAGCAGACUGGCUGGGUAAGGCUUGGUUGCUGGGUAGGAGCGAAGUCUUCACACAUGGUGGAGCAGAUAGAUACGGGCCCAGCUGGUAAAGUGAGCAAACAGGAUGAUGUCAUAGGACAUAUUAGAAGUUAAAGAGCUUUGUGAGUUCCAUGAUUUGUCAAUGUAAAUCCUGCUUCUCUCUUGGGGUCGUAUAGUACGGUGCUCACUUGUAAUGUUCUCUGUAGGCCCUGUGGUGUUCUCUCCCAGUUAAUGCCUGUACUGUGGGCCUUCCCUAGUGACUCAGACGGUAAAGAGUCUGUCCACAGUGUGGGAGUUUGAUUUUGAUCCCUGGUUUGGGAAGAUCCCCUGAAGAAGGAAAUGGCAACCCAUUCCAGUAUUCUUGCCUGGAAAAUCCCAUGGAACAAGGAGUCUGGUAGGCUACAGUUCAUGGGUUGCAAAAAGUCAGACAUGACUGAGCCACUAAUGCUGGAUAGUAGGCCCUGAAUGUUUUGAAAUACUUCAACCAAAAGUUUGGUGUUUUUAACAUUUUACAUAUUUUUUGUGAUGGUCAAAUCAGGUCAUUUUAUUUAGUUCUCAGAGAUUUAUGGAAACUACUUGAUUUACAUAGUUUUCAAGUGGCUUAUUAUCAAUCUAAUUUUUGAGGAUUAUUUUUAGUUUUACAGAUUUAAUGUUUUAAUAUAUCAUAUAAAUAUAAAUCACCAGUGGUGUUCUGGGUAAAAAUAAAAGGUUUAUUAAAACAAUAUUCAAGAGUAUAUGCUAGGCAAGUUAUUUGGGUUAUUAAAUUCUAGCAGAAACAUCAUUAAAUGUUAUAUAAAUGUUACUAUAAAUAACCUUUUCAAUUAGGUGUUUUAAAUGUAGUUUAUUCCUUUAUAUUUUGCACCACAUUUUUAAAAAGGAAAAUUUUCUGUCCUCCCACCAUGAACAAAUAAGAUGAUGACACAGUUUUGAUUUUGGGAAUUGGAUAUUAGAGAUUGAAGCCUGUGGUAUUAAAAGACUCACUAUGUUUGAGGAGAAUUUCAGUCCUGGUGGAGGCUCGCCAAAGACUGUGAUAAUUGAAAGAGACAAGGCUUGGCACUGUUGUUAAGGUCUAGACUGUAAAAAGAAUAGUAGUCAGUAUUGUGAUGUUUCCUUCAUCAUCAUUUUACAGUCACAUUUGAAUAAAUGUGUUAAAAUCCAA